AUGAAUCCCGAAUACGAUUACCUCUUCAAGCUGCUGCUCAUCGGUGACUCGGGUGUCGGCAAGUCUUGCCUGCUCCUGCGGUUCGCCGAUGACACCUACACAGAGUCUUACAUCUCCACCAUCGGUGUCGACUUCAAAAUCCGGACGAUCGAGCUCGACGGCAAGACGGUGAAGCUACAAAUCUGGGACACGGCCGGCCAGGAACGUUUCCGCACCAUCACAUCGUCCUACUACCGCGGCGCCCACGGCAUCUGCGUCGUCUACGACGUCACCGACAUGGACAGCUUCAACAACGUCAAGCAGUGGCUGCAGGAGAUUGACAGGUACGCCACCGAGGGCGUCAACAAGCUGCUCGUAGGAAACAAGAGCGAUAUGGCGGACAAGAAGGUUGUCGAGUACACAGUCGCAAAGGAAUUCGCCGACAGCCUCGGCAUCCCCUUCCUUGAGACGUCGGCCAAGAACGCCAGCAACGUUGAGCAGGCCUUCUUGACCAUGGCCCGCCAGAUCAAGGAGCGCAUGGGCAGCAGCAUCGCGACUAACAACACGAAAGCUAAUGUCAAUGUCGCGCCCGGCCAAGGUGUUUCUAGCAACAACAACAACGGCUGCUGCUAA